UGUUUAUACCUAUUUCGCAGAUCGCGCGUGCAAUAUUACACUUAAUCUGUGAAGAGACAAAGUCUACUAGGGGUUACUUUAGCGCAUUACUACAAAAGCGCGUCGCCAUGUUUGGCAUGAACCUUGGCAUGAACAGCACCUCAAAAUGCCGGCACAGCACGAGCACGUAGAAAGUAGCCAAGAUAGUAAGCAUGAAGUUGUGCUUGACACUGAUGAUGAUUUCUUAUAUGGAGAGCGUUUGGCUGGAGACAAUAUUCCCGAGACAGGCGAGGAAACCAUAGAUUCAUCUAUUCGCACAUAUCGGCAUCCGUCAGAAAAGUCUCAACCAAGUGUACCCAUCAGCUCUGUGUCAAGAAUGCCUGAAGUAGUUGAUGACUAUGUGAGGAACUUCCUGCACCGUAUGGGAAUGAAGAAGACACUAGGCUGCUUUCAAACCGAGUGGUACGAGUUUCAGAGUAGAGGAAAUAUUCCAAAAGAGGAACUGACCUCAGUACCAGAUGCCUAUCACCAAAACCAGUUGCUGCACGAACAGUUACAGCAUAUCAGCAAGGAGUUACAGCGAUCACAAGUAACAUGCUCCAAAGCUCAGGAGGAAUGUGUUAAGCUGCGAAAAGAGAGAGAUUACAGCCGUAUGCACCACAAGCGCUUGGAACAAAAUAAAGAAAGACUUGUUGCUGAGAUACAGAGACUGAAAAAGCAUUGUUCUACUUAUGAACCAAGCAUACAAGAAAUGAAAAAAAAGUAUGAAGCCGCUAUGAAGGAGAAAACGCUCACAAAGUUGGAGUUAGAGAAAACCCUUAGCCACAUCACAAGUUUGCAAAAUUCCAUGGGAAUAUUUGAUGCAAGCAAUAUAGAAUUUGACACAAAAGACGAGAGUUGUAUUCCACACUACUUGAUGCCUAUAGGCCAGACUACACGGAGUCAGCAUGUGAAAAGGGCACAGGAGAAAUCUCCAUCAAAGUGUGAACCUAAUGUUGUGCAAUUUCUGAAAGAUGUGAUCAACCCUCACCAACAUCGUGAUAUUCAUCCAGCUCCUAACCUAUCAACUGCAGAAGGCUUUAGACCUAAUAAGACAAUACAGGCACACAAAGUGGCAAUUAGUGGAAUCGCACUUCACCCCAAGGAGCAAGUUCUUGCUACAGUUAGCGAUGAUCAGAGCUGGAUGCUGUGGUCGUUACCAGAUGGUCAGCACAUCAUGACUGGAGAGGGCCAUUCAGACUGGAUCUCCGAUGUUGAUUUUAACCCAGAGGGUACCAUGAUAGCUACAUCAAGUGGAGAUUCGACGGUGAAGAUAUGGGACAUUAGUAGACAAGAUUACAUACUCCAGUUUACUGACCAUACUCAACCAGUAUGGAGUUGUGAGUGGCACUGUGGUGGUGAUGUCCUAAUAAGCUGCUCCAUGGAUAACACAGCUAAGAUCUGGGACAUUAAUAAUGAAAGAUGCCGUAGCACGUUACGUGGACAUGCCGAUUCUGUCAAUGGCAUAACGUUUCUUCCCUACUCCAAUAUUGUGUGCACGUGCUCUGCUGACAAAACAAUCUCUCUCUGGGAUGCUAGGACAGGAAUCUGUGCACAAACGUUUUAUGGUCACUUUCACUCAUGCAACCAUGUGACAUUUUCUCUGAAAGGAGACACUUUGGCCUCUUGUGACUCUUAUGGUGUGGUAAAGUUAUGGGAUGUGAGAACUGCAAGUGCUAUGGCAACAGUUGAUGUUGGACCCCAUCCAGCUAAUCAUGUAGCAUUUGACCCAUCUGGUUCUGUCUUGGCUGUAGCAAGCAACGAUGGAACCAUUAAGAUGUACCACAUCGCAACAGGAAAGGUGGACACGUUGCACAAUCACGAGGACUCGGUGAACUCUGUGCUGUUUGACAGGCUGGCUGGAGCAUACCUCGUCUCUGCCAGCCAUGACGCAACUAUUCGAAUUUGGUCAUGAUAACAGUUGCGAGGCUAUACUGUGUUGCUUUGUGGCAUAAAUGUUAACUGUACUAUCAGAAAAUUGGUAGUACUGGGGUACAAAAGUCAACCCGAGUGCACCUCUGAUUAUUAAAAAUCUGAUCUAACUAUAUAUUGUACUGUAUUACUUUGCAAGAUAACAUUGAACAUAUCACCCUUGAAUGUUGUCUUAUUAGAUAAAUAACUGUCAAUAUGGAUAACACCACGAUUACCUUCUGAGUUCU